GGCCAAAUGGACCACAUCCGAGAAUUCAACAACAAGAGCGAAGAAGGAACAAGACAAAGAAGCAAGAUCUAUCUGCUGACGAAUGGGCUCAAGCACAAAAAGUUCUAGAUCAACAGUUAAAAGAAAUGGGUUUAUAUUGUAAAGAAAUUAGUGGGGACGGAAAUUGUUUGUUUCGGUCUUUGUCCGAUCAAUUUUAUGGGAAUACAAAACAACAUUCAAAGAUUCGCAAAGAAAUUUGUGCAUAUUUAGAAGAAAACUUUGAUCAUUUUCAAUUCUUUGUAGAGGAUGACAAACCUUUUGAUUACCAUCUAGCACAGAUGAAAAAGGAUGGUACCUAUGGUGGAAACAUGGAAUUAGUAGGAUUCGCUCAACUUUACGAAGUUGAUAUAAAAAUAUAUCAACCUGGGACAAUCUAUGUUAUUGAGGGAAGUGAAGAUAAUAAAUCAACAAAAAAAGCUGGAACCAAAAAAACCUUACAUAUCGCUUAUCAUAAUUGGGAACAUUAUAGUUCAGUAAGAAACAUCCAAGGGCCACAUGUAGGUGAUCCGGAAAUUAUAUCAGAGUCAUUACAUUCAACAAAUGAUCCUGCCUCUGAUACCGAUAACCCUCCGAAUUCAAUUGAAAAAAUGAUCAUGAGCUCUACUGGAGAAAAGAAUUUGACAACCGUUCGUGACAUGAUGAAAAGAUUACAAUUUAACCAUGAUGAAGUUAUUAAUGAAAUAAUUGAAAGAUCACAAGAAAAUUCGAUUACUGAUAAUGGGUCUAAUUCACAUGAAGUUGAAAAGGAUGCAUAUACACCAGAACAGGAAGAAAAUUUGCCUAUGGAAGGUUCUCCUCAAAUGGAUAUCGAUAAUUUAUCUAGCGUUUCAUCCCAAAGCAAAACCACAAUGCAGCCUGAUAUAACGCCGAGAAGAGAUCAAGAAACUUUAGAUGUGAACAUUAAUGCCAAAACUAGAAAUACUAUAAAUUGUAUAGAAAGCUUUUCAAAGUCAGGACUAAUCGGACAGAAUUACGGUUUAUCCCUAGUCUACUCUCACCUUGGUUUACCAGGGAAGAAGGUGCCUCACAGCGCGUUCAAACAGAUCUCAACCAAGAAAUUAACGUUGAAUAAUUCAAAUCAAAUCGUCAUCAAGGACGAUCUGGAAAUCGAAAAAACGGAAGUCAAUAAGCAGGUUCAAGGGCAAAACGUGUACUUGAACGGUGUCGAGAAAAUGGAUGAUCUUACAAGCGGUUCAGAUAGUGAUUACACAAAAUAUUGGAUUGAUUGGUUUUUGUCUACUAAGGGAAAUGAAUACUUUUGUGAAGUUGAUGAAGAAUAUAUACUUGAUCGUUUUAAUUUAACUGGGCUAAACUCUGAGGUUCAGCAUUAUGUUCAAGCACUUGAUUUGAUAACGGAUUCUUUAGAAGAAGAAUUGGAUGAUGAGAUGCGUGAAGCCGUCGAGAAAUCCGCUCGUCACUUAUAUGGUUUGAUUCACGCGAGAUUUAUUAUCACAAGCAGAGGUUUAGCUAAAAUGCUUGAGAAAUACAAGAAAGCUGAUUUUGGCCGUUGCCCACGUGUUCUGUGUCAUAACCAACCACUCCUACCAGUUGGACUUUCUGAUCAGCCUUAUACAAAGUCCGUUAAAUUGUACUGCCCUCGUUGUGAAGAUAUUUAUAAUCCUAAAUCCACUCGACAUGCAAGUAUCGACGGUGCCUACUAUGGAUCUACUUUCCCUCAUAUGCUCUUUCAAGUUUAUCCACACUUGCUACCACCUAAAAGUAAUGAGCGAUAUGUUCCUAGGAUUUUUGGAUUCAAAAUUCAUGAUAUUGCCAAACAACAUCGUUGGCAAGAUCAACAAAGAGAAGAACAACAGAGAAGAAUCACCGUGGUUGGAGAAGGAAACGCUAAUAGUUAG